CCGAGUCCUUCCCCCCUCAUCUGCAAAACAACCAGCAGCAGCAGCAGCAGCAGCAAAAGCAAGACUCCUGCGCCGCCGACUACAAGAGGGUUAAAAGUGUAGAUUGGAUUUCACCCCGGGAAAUCUAGCACACGGAGUGAACUUGAAUCUUUGGCUAUUUAAGGAGGACUGGAGUUUGUUGUGAAGUUGUGGUGAUCCGGAGCAGAGCUCCGUCCUGAUUGAUUUCAUCUUCCUUGAGUCUCAGAUGACUGUAAAAUGAAUAGAUGAAAUUAUUCCUUUUUGAGGCUUUUCUUAGGGGCUCUCCGGGCAGCGUGUUCUCAAAGCGAAGUCAUGAUGUAUUCUCCAAUCUGUCUCACUCAGGAUGAAUUUCACCCGUUCAUUGAGGCACUUCUUCCACAUGUCCGUGCAAUUGCCUAUACUUGGUUCAAUCUUCAGGCUCGAAAACGCAAGUACUUUAAAAAACAUGAGAAACGAAUGUCAAAGGAUGAGGAAAGAGCAGUCAAGGAUGAGCUACUUAGUGAAAAGCCUGAAAUUAAACAGAAGUGGGCAUCCAGGCUCCUGGCCAAGCUGCGCAAAGAUAUUCGCCAAGAGUUCCGGGAGGAUUUUGUGCUCACAGUUACUGGGAAGAAGCACCCAUGCUGUGUAUUGUCCAAUCCUGACCAGAAGGGCAAGAUUAGGAGAAUCGAUUGCCUGCGACAGGCUGACAAAGUCUGGCGUCUGGAUCUAGUCAUGGUGAUCCUGUUCAAAGGCAUCCCCUUGGAAAGUACGGAUGGAGAACGUCUCAUGAAAUCCCCACAUUGCACAAAUCCAGCACUUUGCGUCCAGCCACAUCACAUAACAGUAUCAGUCAAGGAGCUUGAUUUGUUUUUGGCAUACUACGUGCAGGAGCAAGAUUCUGGACAACCAGGAAGUCCAAGCCACAAUGAUCCUGCCAAGAAUCCACCAGUGUACCUUGAGGACAGUUUUGUGAAAUCCGGAGUAUUCAAUGUGUCAGAACUUGUGAGGGUGUCAAGAACACCCAUAACCCAAGGAAGUGGAGUAAACUUCCCAAUUGGAGAGCUUCCGAGCCAGCCAUAUUACCAUGAUAUGAAUUCGGGUGUAAAUCUACAGAGAUCCUUGUCCUCUCCACCAAGCAGCAAAAGACCCAAAACUAUCUCCAUAGAUGAAAAUAUGGAGCCAAGCCCCACAGGAGACUUCUAUCCUUCUCCAAAUUCACCAGCUGCAGGAAGUAGGACAUGGCAUGAAAGAGAUCAAGAUAUGUCUUCUCCUACAAUGAAGAAACCUGAAAAGCCUUUGUUUAGUCCUACUUCUCCCCAGGAUUCGUCAUCAAGACUGAGCACUUUUCCCCAACAUCACCACCCAGGAAUCCCAGGAGUUGCACACAGUGUCAUCUCAACUAGAACUCCACCUCCACCUUCACCAUUGCCAUUUCCAGCACAAGCUAUUCUCCCUCCUGCCCCAUCUAGCUACUUCUCUCAUCCAACGAUCAGAUAUCCUCCCCACCUGAAUCCUCAGGAUACUCUGAAGAACUAUGUACCUUCUUACGACCCGUCCAGCCCGCAGACUAGCCAGCCUAACAGCAGUGGUCAAGUAGUAGGGAAAGUGCCUGGCCAUUUUACUCCAGUUUUGGCACCCUCUCCCCAUCACAGUGCGGUGCGACCUGUGACCCUGACCAUGACAGAUACUAAACCCAUCACUACAUCCACUGAAGGUGAGGCAUCUUCACCUACAGCAACCACCUACACAGCCUCAGGCACAUCCCAAGCCAAUCGAUAUGUGGGACUAAGCCCAAGAGACCCAUCCUUCCUACACCAGCAACAGCUGAGAAUUUGUGACUGGACCAUGAAUCAAAACGGCAGGCAUUUAUACCCCAGUGCCAGUGAGGAUACAUUGGGAAUUACUUGGCAAAGUCCUGGUACCUGGGCUAGCUUGGUUCCUUUCCAAGUAUCAAAUAGGACACCGAUCCUACCGACAAAUGUCCCAAAUUAUGGUUUGAACAUAAUUGGAGAGCCUUUCCUUCAAGCAGAAACAAGCAACUGAGGGAAAAAAAAUUAAAAGCAAAAUUAAAAAACAAAAAAAAAGAAAAAAAGAAAAAAGAAAAGAAGACAGUAUGAGAAAAGAAUCUGAAGAAAGAAGAACAAAAAUAGACCAGCAAUUGCAGCUCUUACAAUCAGUAAUUCUCUUAUGGUUGAAACUGAAAUGAUAUACAAAGGGUCGAUGAUAUUUCACUGAUGAGUAGAAUGCAGCUCCUCCUAAGUAGCCUUUGUUAUAUGAAGUCCGCUGGGAAAUAGAUGUUCUGUCUCUGACAAUAUAUUUUAACUGACUUUCUAGAUGCCUUAAUAUUUGCAUGAUAAGCUAGUUCUGUUGGUUUAGUAUUCUUGUUGUUUACGCAUGAGAUCACUAUUCCUGGUUAUCUCACAAAACAAAGGCUAGGCAGUGACAGCAGAGCUGCAGGAGGAGAAGGGCCGUGAGCCAGCCAUUUUCUUAAUAGUCUGAUUUCUAAAUGUUUUAAAAAUAAGCUCUGUAGCCUUUAGUUAUCAGUAUGGAUUUAUUAAACUUUGGCCCUUAAUUCAGCCUUUUUCUAGUGUGUUAUGCAGUUUGAAAUUUUCAAUCAGUAUGAACACACAGGCUCUAUGGAAGAAAUGCCUCUACGCAGGUAAAAGUGUUAUCUUCUCAUGCAACAGUAAAAAAAGAAAAGGAAAAAAAUAACAUUUUCCCCAGUAAAGAAACACUUACAGAGGCAAGUGCAAUUUAAAAAUCAUAUCUAAGAGGUCAUCGCUAUAAGUCCUUCAGCCCUUGGACUCUAAAUUGAGGGGAUUAAAAAUAAAAAUAAAAAAUUACUUUGAACAAACUUAUUUUUCCCCUCAGUUUUUGAGGGCAUUAAAAGGCAUUAAGUCAAGACAAAUCAUGUCCUUGAGAAUAAGAAAUCAAUGGAAACACAGCACUUAUGUUGGUUUAGCUGCUGCCUCCACAGAGGGGUAGGAUUUAUUUAUUUAAAGUUACUUGUUGCAUCAAGAACCCAUAGGGUUUACAUGUUUCUGUAAAAUCUACAUCAUAGAGACAAAGACAUAGGCAAAUCCAUGUCACAAGGGCAAAGCUUACCGUUUACAAACUGGUAAUACCAGGAUGGGGAUAUGUUGUAUUUAAAUAAUGCACUCUUAAUGUAAGUCUAAUUACAGGGUGCUGUAAACUUGCAUGGUGCUUUCAGAAGUUAGCCUUGUUCAACAAUUUUCACAUAUCGACAGAAAUAUAAUGUGCAUGGGCAGACAUUUUGCCUCUAUGUCUCUUUAAAAAUUUAAAAUACUCUUUCCAGUAAUCCUAAUUUGCACGAAGAUAUAAUGUCCACAUUACGUGCCUUGCCUUGAAAUCUAAAAAAUGGAAAAAAAGAAAAAAAGAAAAAAAGAAAAAACUACAAAAAAAAAUUGACAUCACUACACUUGUUUUGCUGCAUUUAUUAUAAUUUUAAAUCUUUACCAUUUUUAUGACAAAAUAUUUUGUACUCCAGAUGCGAAAAAUGUGUGACAUCAUGGAUUUUUUAGACAGUUAUACAUUUAUCUCACAUUUAUAGAGCAUAUGAUGGCUGUGUAUAGUUGCCGCUUAAGAAUUGUAAUCGACCAGCAAUAUUUUCAGUAUUUUGGUGUUUUUUCUAUUAACCUUUCAUGUUUUUCAUCUUCCAAUUAAUAUUGGGGGGAGGGGAUACAAAUUUAUACGAAUUAUGCAAUACCAAGUUUUGCCUAUGUAGGUAGUGCUUUUAGCUGUAUUGGUUAUUAUAGGUAAGUACAUAGAUUUUAAAAAAAAUAAUGUAUGCUUUUUUUUGUUUGUUUUAAUUGACCAAAGUGGGUACUGCUAUUUUUGCAGUGUGAUGAGGUCCUUUUCUGUACUGAGAGGUGGACAGGGGAUUUUUUUUUAUACAUACAUAUAUAUAUAUUCUGGGGUGGGGGGGGAGGAUUUUUAACACUUUACAGUGUAGCUGUGAAGCAGUGCACCCUUAGCCAGGCAAGGGCUGCAAAGCAACUGUUCUGCCUACUGUGACAAACUUUCAAAUAGGUUCCCUCUUUUUAACUUCCCACCUGGGGUGCAAGCUGAAAUCAUUUCUGGAUUUAAAAAAUAAGUAAUGAAUUCUGUUGGAGGCAGACUUGACUUGAGGAAAUUGUUUUACUUCAAGGUUUUUUUCAUGAGAAAGAGAGACAGACAGAGGUCAAGACCCACAGUGAGAUGAAGCCUUUUCCAUUCUGGCAAAGAUAAUGCAUCCUGAAGUGUUCAUGUUAGAAAAUGUUUUUAGCUCAAAAUGACAAAGACAUUUACUUUGUCUAGGAAAUGUAAGUACAGGGCCAAAAUCUUUGCUGGCAUAAUUCCACUGACUCCAAUGGAUCUGGAGCUGCUCAAGCAGAGAAUUUGCCCUCCUUAUUCUGCUUGUUUUUUUUUCCUAUACAUAAUUCCUUUUAUAGUCCACUCCCCUCUCGCCCCGCCAAGUUUCUUAAUUCAGCAUUUGAAUUACAAUUUUCAGCCUGGUUGGGCUAUGUCAGAAGUUUGCAGUCUUCUCAUAGAGAUCAGAUGGAGACCUCUGGGGUGUAGUGGAGGAGGAGUUUCUUUACGCAAAGAAUUAGACCACGGUGGUAAUAAAAGUGUGUUUCCAGUAAAAUCCCAUUUUGCAGACCAGUAAUGGGCCUAUUGAUGGUGAUCUCUUACACACAGGGGAUCUUUGCAAUGUAUGGGUCAACACAGGGUGAAGUUUUCUUUAAAGCACAGUAUUCUACUAGGGUAAAAGCAGAGGAGUGUAUAGUCAUGUGGAUGGGAAAAUACAUCCCUUUACGGUUGUCUCUGUGUUUUGGAGGUUUUCUUACCCCGGAGCAGUCCCAGAGGCACAGCUCCAGCAGCAGCCACCCCAAUGAGCCCUGGCCAGGGGCAUACCACCAUCAGUUCAUUCUGGCUCCAGCUGAAGGGCAGUAAGAGCAGUAGUGGUGGCACAUCCCCCUGUCUCCAGGAGGAGAGAGUGUGUAAGCAGGACUUGAAUGGCUACAGAGAUGGGAAUUGUAGGAAAAUAAACCUUUGAGAUUUAGCUAAACUGGGAGAAAAAAAAAAAAAAAGAAAGAGAAAGAUAAGACAUAAAAAGAAAUGUGAGGGUCUUUGGUUCUUUUUCAGAACCCUGCAGGAAGUCAAUUUGUUUGCUAAGCACAUGGCAAAGUCUACUAGACCCACGCAGAGUGCACCUCAGGUUCUGGCCUGGUAAAACAAAGUAUGUGUUGUCCUUUACACAUGUCAUGAUACAGAGCAGUCUGGGAGCAGAGUUGUGCUGGGGGCAUGUCCUUGAUUAGUUCCAUUAACAAGGUGUUCCCUGAAAGCUUUUAAUACCACAUUGGGACAAAACUGGAACGAGUUCAGGCUUCAACAUGAAAUUUCCAGAAUGGUGAUUGCCUUUUGUAGGAAGAUAGAUGCCCUUAAAGAACUUACAUAUUUGUAUGAAAAAAAAUCUGAGCUUAAAGAUGCACUUUUUUAGAGAAAUAAAGUCAUUUAAACUGUCAUUCAACAACUGUGGGUUUUUGUUACCUGCCUCUCUAAUAGAAAAGCCUGCUUGGAAGAUAAUGAACUUUUAAUUUACUGUAUGCUUUGUUUUAGGUUGGCUUUGUUGGUUCUUUUUUUUAAGCUCAGCAGUCAAAAGAUUAAGAUAAGAUUGAGAACUCAAAUCCAGUCUCUGGCCUCCUCCUUCACCAGGAAGUGUAUUCUGACUAAAUUGAGCCACCCCGUUCUAUGUGCACUGUUCUGCCUUUAUUUAAAGUUGCUUUGCAGCCCUGGCCUCAUGGCUGUGCCACUGAAGUGUGUUUCCCCUGGAGUGACAUGAACGCUUGAGGCUUGACUAAGGAAAAAAAAAAGGCAGUGAAGGAGACUGUACAUAAAGACAUGGCAAAAAUAUUAAUUAUAGCAAUAUAGUUGUGGGGUGAUGUUCAGGUGGGCAGCUCCAUUGAAAAUAUGUGAAUGAAUUUGUGAAGCUGCAAGUAGCAAGAAGAAAGGAUGAUCUUCUGACUAAACCGCCUACCUUGUAGACAGUAAUUUGUACACUGUAUAGUUUUGUUAAGAAUUUUUUUUAAUUAAAAUACCCUUGUUUGUAAAGCUAACUUUUUAACAAUUAUAAUGGAAAUACAUUUCCAUUUUUAAACAAGAAUAUUCUUUGUUUAGAAACUGGACUUGGGUUAAAACUCUCCAGUUUCUUAAUUUAUGUAUUAAAAAAAAAAAAAAUCUGUCCAUGUUAGGAGUUAUUUCGCAUAUUCCUGUGCUUGAAAAGCACAGGUUACUAAUCCUUUAAAAAUGUAAAUGGAGAAAAUUAUAUUUUAUGAAGGUUAUUUUGUUGUAUUUAGUAUUGGAAAAGUUGGUUUUCAGAGCAUUUCAAAAUGUUGGAAGCACCACUGUCUUUUUUAUUAGUAUAUAUGGCCUUUAGCAAAAGUUUUUGUGAUUGUUACAUGAUGGUAUUUAAGAUUAGGUUCACAGAGCUAUUCAGGAUAGGCAGAGAGCUAAAACAGUACUUAAGUCUCACACAGCUGUGUCCUCAGGGAGCAGAAUUUUGGAUUUGCAACUUGUAGCUUCAUAAGGACUUAAUGAAAGAGAUUGCACAAAGACAUCUGUGACACCAGAGUGUGUUCUGUACCUAAACCUAAAUUAUAUGUACUGUGUGAGAUUAUGAAGGCUGCAGAAAGUUAUCCCAUAUUCAGUGUACAGUUUUCACUUUUAAUGAAAAAACUCUCUAAUGUUGCUGGCAGUAAGGCCCCAAGCAUGACAUCCUUUAUGGUUUACAUGAUCCUGUCAAGGUCUUUUGUUAAUAUUAACCAGCUGUAUGCUCCUGGAUUUUUUUAUUUGGUUUCUAUAUAAAACUUUAGGGAAAAAAAAGACAGUAAAAUCCCGUGCCAGCUAAUCAAGUUAAACAGGAAAGGCUCAAAGCUGAAUGUUCUUCUCCAUGCUGAAGGAGCUGAAAACCGCCUCCUUCUUAUUUGCACUUUCUGCUAUUUCCCCAGUUUCAUUAAUUCCUCAAAAUUGUGUGGGUGUGGUGGAGCACUGCAGUUGGAGGAUAACAUGGACCACUGAUUUUGCCCUUUAACCCUGCACAAUGACCUUUGCAUCAGCCAAACUUAUUGCCAUGACAACUCUUUGUACUGUUUCCAUGCCACAGCUCUGUUGGUCACGUUGUCAAUAGUAAAGGGGACAAGUUGGAGACGGUCAAUUUUUACAUUUUUUUUUGUUGCAAUUUUUUCUUCAAUGGUUGUAAGUAGUUGUUUGUUUUUUUUUUUUACGAUAAAAGGGUUCACUAGUUAGUACUCUUUAGAAAUAUCUGUGUGUUGCAAUUCAGAUGUAUGUUGAAUUUGUGAAAAGGGCUUCAGUGCCACUAGCAUCAUGAAUAGACUAAGCCUUUGAUACUUUCAUUGCAUGAUACCGUAACAGUAAAACAAAAGGUGGCCUAAAUAAAUGGAGAGCAGUGUGAGCUAGUGACACUAAAGCCAGUCUUUGUAUUACUGUAUUUUUGACAGAAUGAUUUUGAAAACUGUGCUACAGGGACUGAUGUGGCAAAUGUAUCUCUAUAUGCAGAAGGAAGUUUUUUAAGAAGUAUGGCUUAUUAUGCAUUUUUCAUUGAGGGCAUUGAAGUUGCAUGGACUGAUAGAAGUUGAUGCAAAAUGAGAAAGAAACAAAAACCAGCAAAAUGUUUACCAAAAAAACUCAAACAAAUGAGCAGUGCCUGUUCAAUUUCACAGUCUCUGUUGAGUUCAGUUGUAAAUAUGUUUCAGAUGACAUUUUCUUCAAAAAUAAUCUCUACAACAUUGUAGAAUGUGAGGGGUUCCUCAAUCCCAGGCAUAGGCUUCUCAAGAGCUGCAUUAGAUUAUGUCUUCAUCAAGCUGUUAAUUUGUGCUUAUAUCAUAUAGAACUUCUAGUAAUCUGGGAAGAGGCACCUCAUCUCAAUGAUAUUUCUCUGAGAAAACUUUUGUAGGGCUGUGUGUUUCUUUAGAUACAUUUAGUACAACUGUAGGUGACAAGUAGUCAGUUAUUGCUUGCUAGCUACAUACCAGGGUUGAUCCAUUUUAAAACUUCUGGCAUUUUUUCCCAUACUGUAGGCUAUAAAUCCUGAAGGUUACAUUUUAAUUAAAAAGAAGGUGUGUGCAGAGUCUUUGUGUAAUGAACCUUCACUAGUAGGAUGCAUUACACUACAGCUACUUAAUUUUGGAAUUAGGGCCCUCUGGCAUCAGACCUGAUUUUAGCCUGAGUGUUAACAAAGGUUUUUAUUGUGCCUGGUUGGAGGAUAAAGUGUUCUUUCUGGUACUUUUUUUUUUAGGUUACAAAUGAACUCAACUGCCACAAGUUUUAAACUGGUGUAAAUCAAGCUUGACUUAAUGUGAUUGUUACUGUUAUAUCCAGCCUAUACUGCUAGCAGCUGCUCAUACUGCAGUCAAUUACUGGAAGCGGAUAUAUUUCCUAUGCAAAAACUGUUUAAACAAUAAAAAUGAGCUAUGCUACA